CUGAAGCCACAUCUUAUGAAGUCUCCAAGGAUGAGAGUCUAUGCUAAGUUGGUGCUGCUGUCCCAUUGGCUUAUUCUGACUUACGUGUUAAUGGUGUGCUGUAAGCUGAUGUCCGCCUCGAGCCAGCACCUCCGGGGACAUGCAGGCCAUCACCAAAUCAAGCAAGGUACCUGUGAGGUGGUUGCUGUGCACCGCUGCUGCAAUAAGAACCGCGUAGAAGAGCGUUCCCAAACAGUCAAAUGUUCGUGCUUCCCAGGACAGGUGGCUGGCACAACUCGGGCUCAGCCUUCUUGCGUUGAAGCUUCCAUUGUGACUGAGAAGUGGUGGUGUCACAUGAAUCCUUGCUUGGAAGGAGAGGACUGUAAAGUGUUGCCCGAUUCCUCAGGUUGGUCCUGUAGCAGGGGCAAUAAAGUCAAAACUACAAAGGCAAGUACGGACAAAACGCAACUGUAA